AUGUCUAGUUCUGGCUUCCUGCCAAAGUCUUCUGAGCUGAAUUUGCGAGAACGUCGGAAGAACUUCGAAGAAGAGAAGCCUUCCGGUGAUGCAAGCGAGCACUUGCAGGAUGACUUGAACAAAAAGCUAUCGGCAAACUCAUCCAGCAGGACGUCAUACGGAGCUGUUACCAAGUAUAUGGGAAUUGUAAUCAUUACGGUGAUUUCCUUUUAUGUGAGAUUCUCGAAAAUUGAUGCCAAUAACGCUGUGGUGUGGGAUGAAGCGCACUUCGGGAAAUUCGGCUCUUAUUACAUAAAACACGAAUUUUACCAUGAUGUACAUCCACCUUUAGGAAAGAUGCUUAUAGCUUUAAGCGAGUACCUAGCAGGCUUUGAUGGCAACUUUGAGUUCGACUCCGGCAACCCAUACCCUGAAAAUGUUAACUUCAAGUUCAUGCGACAAUUCAGCGCUACUUUUGGAGCUCUGUGUGCGCCAUUGAUGGUCUCGACAGCUCAAAAUGUAGGGUUAAGCUAUUCUUGUUCCAUGUUGUUAGGGCUCAUGGUUGCACUUGAGCUUUCUUACAUUGCGCUCUCGAAGUUCAUUCUUCUAGAUUCGAUCCUACUAUUCUUCACCGCUACAACAUUCCUUUGCAUAACUGAAAUAUACAAAUUGCGUAAACAGCAGUUUACUAGGAAGUGGUCUCUGUGGAUGCUUCUUCUUGGGCUAUCGAUUGGCUCUGUUUGUUCCGUGAAAUGGGUGGGUCUUUUUAUCACAGUUGUGGCUGGUAUUUACACCGUUGUCGACUUGUUCGCUGCUUAUCAUGACAAAAGCUUAAGCAGGAUACAAUAUUACAAACACUGGUUGGUUCGCGUUAUUAAUUUGAUCAUUAUACCGUUUAUGAUUUACCUAUUUUGCUUCAAAAUCCACUUUGCUAUCUUACAUAAAUCGGGCACUGGCGAUGCUUCUACCAACACAUUGUUCCAAGUUAAUCUAGAUGGAAAUAAAAUUGAAGUUGGGCCAAGAGAUAUAUCGUAUGGAUCAGAAGUGACAAUUAGAUCACAUGGAUUAAGUCCCAACCUACUUCAUUCCCAUGUACAGCUGUAUCCUUUCGGGUCGGGACAGCAUCAGGUUACCGGCUAUGGACAUUCUGACGACAACAAUAACUGGAUAAUCAACUUUUCAAGAGAAUCGGGCAUGGAAAUUGAUGAGUAUGGAUUGUCGAAUGGAAAGUCUUUAAAAUUGGGUGACAACGCUGAAAUUCGCCUAGUUCACAAAAGCACAAAGGCAAAUCUACAUUCGCAUGAAAUCCCAGCCCAUGUUUCUAAAAAUUUCUAUGAAGUAUCCGGCUAUGGUGAUGGAGAGGUAGGAGAUGACAAGGAUGACUGGGUUGUCGAAAUUGUACAGCAGCUAGACUCCUUGAACUCAUCUUUCCCCAAAGAAGAUCCAAAACUGCUGCAUCCUAUUUCAACAAGUUUUCGGUUAAGACACAAGCAUUUGGGCUGCUACCUUGCUACCACAGGACUAGCAUAUCCAGCUUGGGGGUUCAAACAGGCCGAAAUAGUCUGUAAAAACUCGUGGACGAGCCGCGAUAAAUCAACUUGGUGGAACAUAGAGGACCACUGGAACGCUAAUCUAGAGAAAUCCGAAGGAUAUAUUCCUCCGAAAUCGAGAUUUUGGGCCGAUUUUAUCUUGAUUAAUUUUGCCAUGGCUUCCUCAAAUAAUGCUCUUGUGCCUGAUGAAGACAAAUACGACUCAUUAGCAACCAAAGCGUGGGAGUGGCCAACCCUUCAUACAGGCCUAAGAAUGUGCGGUUGGAGUAAGGAUGCUGUCAAGUACUAUCUGUUGGGGUCUCCUUUUCAAACAUGGUUCUCUUCAUUUUCGCUUGUUCUGUUCACAUUUUACCUCUUAAGGCUUGCUUUCAAAUGGCAAAGACAGUCUAUACAUCUCACAACAAGUGAUUUGUGUGAUCUUGGGCUACAAGGCAUUCUACCAUUUUUAGCUUGGUUAUUGCAUUACUUGCCGUUUGUCUUCAUGGGAAGAGUAACAUAUGUUCACCAUUACGCUCCUGCAUUAUACUUUGCCAUUUUGGUCUCUGGAUUUAUGCUCGAGAAAUGUCUCCCAAAAAGAUUCUCUUUGAACAAAAUUAUCUACGGCCUACUUGGAGCGGGAUGUAUUUAUGUGUACAUUCUGUUUUCACCAAUCGCUCAGGGAAUGAAGGGGCCGGCAAAUGACUACAAAUACCUGAACUGGCUGAGUUCCUGGACAAUUACAUAUUAG